CUCCUCCAGACCGCAUUCGCCCGACCCCCGACCCCCGACCCCCGACCCGGGCUGGCACUCGCUCCUCGGCCCUCGCGCGUCCGCGGCGCCCAGCCUGGUUGGGGGCGGGGUGGGGGGAGGCGGGGCACCGAGGUCAGACUCGGGGGCGCGCCGGACCUGGGCGGGGUCCGGGAGCUCGGCGGCGGGGAGCGCAGUGGCCCCUCCGCGCCUGCAGGCGGCGCUGCGGCGAGGAGGCGGGCCGGCACGCGGCGGAAGGAAAGGCGCCCGGGCCCGGGAUCGGCAGCAUCCGGAUCCGCACCAUGGCGGCCGCCCCAGCCCUGCCGCGGCUUCUUGGCGCUGGUGUCUGGCUCCGGCCGCUGCGGCCGCAUCUCAGGACCGCGCCCCCAAGGCCGGCCCGGCCGGGCGGCAGGACGCUGGGAAACGCCGCCGUCCCCGCCGUCAGCCCGCCCGAGGGCAGCAGCGAUCUCCACCACAGCAUUCUCAGUGAGCCCCUCAAGCACGCUGACUUCUUCAACGUCAAGGAGCUGUUUUCUGUGAGAAGUCUCUUCGAUGCGCGGGUGCACCUGGGACACAAAGCCGGCUGCCGGCACAGGUUUAUGGAGCCAUACAUCUUUGGGAGCCGCCUUGACCAGGACAUCAUUGACUUGGACCAGACAGCCACGCAUCUGCAGCUGGCCCUGAAUUUCACAGCCCACGUGGCCUAUCGUAAGGGCAUCAUCUUGUUUGUGGGCCGUAACCGGCAGUUCUCAUACCUGAUUGAGACCACGGCCCGCAGCUGUGGCGAAUAUGCCCACACCCGCUACUUCAAGGGCGGCCUGCUGACCAACGCUCACCUCCUCCUGGGCCCCCUGGUCCGCCUGCCAGACCUCAUCAUCUUCCUGCACACGCUUAACAACGUCUUUGAGCCCCACGUGGCCGUGAGAGACGCAGCCAAGAUGAGCAUCCCCACCGUGGGCAUCGUGGACACCAACUGCAACCCCUGCCUCAUCACGUACCCCAUCCCCGGCAAUGACGACUCGCCCCCCUCCAUCCAGCUCUUCUGCAGGCUCUUCCAGACCACCAUCAACCGUGCCAAGGAGAAGCGGAGGCAGGUCGAGGCCCUCUAUCGACUGCAGGGCCAGGAGGGGGCUAAGGGCCUGGGUGCAGCUGACGCUCCUUCCCCGGGAGCAGAGGCCAGGCCGGCCUCGAGUCAUUCCCCUUGACGCACUCACUCCUCCAGAUAGCAACAGCAGCCAGGGCUGUUCUAGGCUGGGGACCCUGCCCCUCCCUGGCCACGGUCCUUAGAAGGCUAGUCAUUCUGGGCAUUGGGUCCCUGCUACCAGUCAUGGUUCCUGGCAGCCAACUGCCCAGGGCUGCACUUGCCUGUGGGACCCAGCAGGUGCAGAGGCACCCUGUCCAGAAAAGUCCCUUCCGGAAGUGCUUGAUCCCUGGAGUCUGAGCAGCCUCCCUUCUGCCUUGACAUUAGCCUUUUGUAUAUUAGGAAGGUUCUUACACCAGAUUGACUUUUAUUUUAAAGUGUAGUAACCCUAGAUAGGGCUGCUUACCCCACUACAUGGUUUCAGAGGCUGUUUUACAACUUCAGGCUGCAGAGUGAGCCACUCGAAAGGUGAUCCCACCUGGGGUGGAGACGGGCCGGGCAGAGCAGGCGGCACAAUUCCAACAGGAAUAAACAGGUUUGGCCAAACGGCCUGGCCCUUCGGAUCCCA